GGUCUGAUAGAGCCCCUUGAUUCGUGGGACAGGAGAGACGUCCCUCUUUCAGUCCAGAAGGGGAAAAUUCUUUGAACGUUUUUGUCUGCUUCAGUAGGCUCUUAAAGUAUCAUCUUUACCUGAACCACAGGGGCACGUGCCUGAGCCAGAUUGCCCACUGUGGGGAAAGGAAGUCUCAGGAGGCAUUCCGCGCGCCAUGGAGAAACCGUGGAAGUGUGGGGAUUGCGGGAAAGGAUUCCGCUCCCCCUCCUUGCUGGAGAUCCACCGCCGUGUCCACACCGGGGAGCGGCCCUUCACCUGCUCCGUCUGCGGCAAGGACUUCACCCAGUCGUCCCACCUGUUCUCACACCAGCGGGUCCACACCGGGGAGAGGCCGUUCGCCUGCUCCGAGUGCGGGAAGGACUUCAGCGACUCGUCCCACCUGCUGACCCACCAGCGGGUCCACACCGGGGAGCGGCCCUUCACCUGCUCCGUCUGCGGCAACAGCUUUGCCCGCUCGUCGGACCUGCUGUCCCACCAGCGAGUCCACACCGGGGAGCGGCCCUUCACCUGCUCCGUCUGCGGCAAGGGCUUCACCCAGUCGUCCAACCUGCUGACCCACCAGCUGGUCCACACCGGGGAGCGGCCUUUCACCUGCUCCGUCUGCGGCAAGGGCUUCCCUCACUCGUCCACCCUGCGGUCCCACCAGCUGGUCCACACCGGGGAGCGGCCCUUCACCUGCUCCGUCUGCGGCAAGGGCUUCCCUCGCUCGUCCACCCUGCUGCGGCACCAGCGGGUCCACACGGGGGAGAGGCCAUUCACCUGCUCCGUCUGCGGGAGGGGCUUCGCUCGGUCCCAGCACCUGCUGCAGCACCAGCGGGGGCACAAGUGACGGGGCCAGCUGCUGUGAGUCACCGCCCAGGGCUGAACCCUGGGUGGGAGGGGGGGAAGGUCACUGCAGUUGCUGUGCUCUCAUCUCCUUGGCAUUCACUGGCUCUACGAGCCUGCGACUGCGCAUUUCCUCCUGAAGUGGAGAUGUACAACACAGAAACAGACCCUUCGCUCCAACUCCUCCAUAUCCUCAACUAAUCAAGUCCCAUUUGCCAGCAAUUGGCCCUAUCCCUCCAAACCCCUCCUUACACAGAUACCCAAGUGGAUGCCUUUUAAAUGUUGCAAUUGUACCAGCCUCCACCACUUCCUCUGGCAGCUCAUUCCGCACGCACACACCACCCUCUGUGUGAAAAAUGUUGCCCCUUAGGACCCUUUUUAAAUCUUUCCCCUCUCACCCUAAACCUAUGCCCUCUAGUUCUGGCAAAAGACUUUGUCUAUCCCUAUCCAUGCCCCUCCAUGAUUUUAUAAACCUCUCUUAAAGUCAACCCUCAGCCUCCGACGUUCCAGGGAAGACAACCCCAGCCUGUUCAGCCUCUCCCUGUAGCUCAAACCCUCCAACCCUGGCAACAUCCUUGUCAAUCUUUCUGAACCCUUUCAAGUUUUGCAACAUCCUUCCGAUAGACCAGAAGUGCACAUAAUACAGAGGAGCUUCGAUUAUCCAGAAUUAGAUGAACCAGCACGGUGGCUCAGUGGUUAGCGCUGCUACCUCACAGUACCAGGGACCCGGGUUUCAUUCCUGCCUCAGGCGACAGACUGUGUGGAGUUUGCACAUUCUCCCCGCGUCUGCGUGGGUUUCCUCCUAGUGCUCCGGUUCCGUCCCACAGUCCAAAGAUGUGCAGGUCAGGGUGAAUUGGCCGUGCUAAAUUGCUCGUAGUGUUAGGUACAUUAGUCAGAGGGAAAUGGGUCUGGGUGGGUUACUCUUUGGAGGGUCAGUGUGGACUGGUUGGGCCUGUUUCCACACUAAGGGAUCUGUUAGGACAGAAAUUGUCCUCGUGUGUUCGUUUAGAGGAGAGACCACAGACACUCAAUUAAUAGGCACAAGCUGGCGUUUAUUUCAGAACCGUGGCUGAUUUCAGUGAAGUUCAAGCGUUCACUGGAGAAGGUGUACACAUUCUGAAAUCUUUCCAAAAACCCCUGCUUGAUAUAUUGUUCGCUAAGCUAACGCUACGUAAUCACUCACACACGUGAUCUCUCGCACACAAAGGCCUCCUGUGAACAGGCCUCGGCCUUGGCAGGUAUCCACGAGACGGUCUGUCUCGUAAACAAGGUCUCUGAGUAAAGCCUGCCAUUGUAUUGGUCUGACCUUGGUAGUCCAGCUGCACAGGCAGUUUCGGUCAACAGUCCAAACAACAGCUCCGCAGCGCCCCCCGAUUCCCCAAACAGUAACUACAUCUCUACCCUCCCUAGGCCGAUGAUAUAUCCAUCCCAACAGAGGUAUGGGCUGUGUUCACCAGAAACGAUGUGGAGGUGCCAGUAUCGGACUGGAGUGGAUAAAGUUAAAAAUCACUCAAGACCAGAUUAUAGUCCAACAGGUUUAUUUGGAAUCACUAGCUUUCGGAGUGCCGCUCCUUCCACAGGUAGCUGUGGAGCAGGAUCCUAAGACACAGAUCUUAUAGCAAAAUUCACAGCGUCAUGCAACUGAUAUCUUUUAGAGUGGGUUGCAGGUUUCGGUUCAUUAAUAUGUAAAUCCAAGAACAACAUCUAAGUCAUGUUCUUGAUCACUUUGUUUUUAAAAAUAUAAAACCAUAAGUGACAUCUCAGGUCACACAAUACAUUAAAGUUGUGAGGUUCGAGUCUGUCAGUAUCCCAAUCUUUAGAUUAGAUUAGACUUAGUGUGGAAACAGGCCCUUCGGCCCAACAAGUCCACACCGACCCGCCGAAGCGCAACCCACCCAUACCCCUACAUUUACCCCUUACCUAACACUACGGGCAAUUUAGCAUGGUCAAUUCACCUAACCCGCACAUCUUUGGACUGUGGGAGGAAACCGGAGCACCCGGAGGAAACCCACGCUGACACGGGGAGAACGUGCAAACUCCACACAGUCAGUCGCCUGAGUCGGGAAUUGAACCCAGGUCUCCGGCGCUGUGAGGCAGCAGUGCUAACCACUGUGCCACCGUGCCGCCCACAUCAGACUAGUUCUGUUUUUAAAGUAGGAAUAUAUAAAAUAUUACAUGGACUGACUUCCUAUAGAUUAUGUGCU